CAAACCUAAUCAGCAGGAUCUACUAGCUAGCUAGCUGUUGAGAGCUUGACACAAAGAAGCGACCGAGCGGUCGAGCUAGCUUCCACCAUGUCUUGGAGCCAGAGCGAGAACGCGCGGUUCGAGCGCGCGCUGGCCACCUACGACCGGGACACGCCCAGGCGGUGGGAGCUCGUGGCCGCCGCGGUGGGCGGCGGGAAGACCGCCGAGGACGCCAGGCGGCACUACGCCGACCUCGUCGACGACGUCGGCGACAUCGAGUCCGGCGGCUACGGCGCCAACGACCAAAACGCCAACGGCGGCGCCAACGGCAGCAACGGGAACAACAGGGGCGGCAGAGCCAACCGGCCCCAGACAUGAGGGGCGCCUGCCGCGGGAGACCGCACCAGCACGCCGGCCGGACGACGUUGCGCGCGUGCAUGCAAUGAUUGUUCGUCGUGUACGUACGUGAGUCCUGAGAUAUGUAUGUAUGUUCGUGUGCCUGUGUGUAACUAUAUAUAUAUAUAUGUGUAUACAUAUAUAUCGGCAUGCAUGCAUAUGCGCAAAGUGCGCACAAGUAUAUAUGCGCUGUUGUGGCAGAAGCCGUGUCUGAUCAGUGUGACCGAGUGCGAGGAGCUAGCACGGGCGCAUAGCUGCAGCCUGCUAGCUAGCUCCUGAUGGAUGUGCAUGAUGGUAAAGGGCGGGGAUGAGCAUGCAGUAGUUGCUCCUCGAUCGUCUCUGUUGCAUUGCAUAUUGCAGUAUUGCGCUACAUAUAUAUAUGUGUAAAUUAAAGGCUGCUCCUGAAUUUGUUCUUAAUUUGUAACGCUUCUGUUUGCUCAUAAUGAAC